AUGCUGCAUCUCUAUGUGGGUUUGGCCGGAACUCCAAGGUCGUAUGAUGAAUUCAGAGUACUUUCCGUGUUCAAGCACCCAGCAUUUUCUCAAGAUUUCAAAAAUGAUAUCGCAAUACUUAAACUGAAUCGACCGGUAACCAUUGACAAAAUGAAACCUUUGUGCAUGUUUACCCAAAAAAAACAUCAGGAAUCUGCCCAAUCAACCUUGCCCUUUACCGUAUUCGACUAUGUUCAAGCUGGAGAUCACAUAACCAUAUUGGAAAAAGAUGUGGCACCCAUUAAUCCCCGUUACUGCUCAUAUAUAAUCGGAAAUACAAUCGAAGCGAAUCAAAUUUGUUUGCAGACUCCCCAAGGAAUGAGUCAUAACUACGGAAAUCGUGGCGACUUGUUGGCCAAAAAGAUUAUGUAUACGGGAAAAGAAUGGAUCGUCGUGCUUGGUAUAGUCAGUUAUACAUCCAAGGGCCUACAAGUUUUUACCAAUGUCAUAGAACAUACUGAUUGGAUAACCCAAAUUGUCACCUCUAAUCAAUAAAUUAACCUCUUGAUCAA